AUGUGUAAGGACUUAAUUGCUACUUACAACCUUAAGCUUUUAGCCAUUCUUGAAGCUAAGAUUCAUCCUUCUUCUAUUGCCGACAAUUGGUUUUCCUUUACUCAUAUUAAGUGGGACUCUUCUCAAAUUUCCUUCACCCCUUCUUUCACUUCUUCUCAAGUGAUUCACGGUAUUGUUGAAUCUGGUUCUCUUCAUCCUAUUUAUCUUUCUGUUGUGUAUGCUGCUAACGAUCCUGAUGAAAGGAAAGUGCUUUGGGAAGACCUCAUUGGUAUUUCGGACAGUAUUAAUCUUCCUUGGAUGGUUAUGGGAGAUUUCAAUUGUUGUAGAUUUCAUAGUGAAAAAGCUGGUGGGAACAGUUUAUCUACUGAUAGAUUGGGGGAAUUGAAUAAUUUUCUUUUUGAUGCUGGCUUACAAGACCUUGCUUCGGUUGGAUUAAUCUUUACUUGGUUUAACCAAAGGGUGGAGGCCCCAAUUCACAUCAAACUUGACAGAAUGCUGAUAAACUCUUCCUUUUUGGAUUUGUUUCCUUCUGCCUACUAUAAGGUUGACUCACCUUCUGGUUCUGAUCAUUCCCCUUUGAUUCUCUUUGCUUCUCAAAGAAAUAAAUCUUUUCAGAGGAUCAUGUUUAAAGAUUUUUGGACCACUAUGAACAGUUUUUGGGAGGAGGUCCUUUCGACUUUUGCGAGACCAAUCAAUUCUAGUCCCAUUACCUUCCUCUAUGACUGCUUGAGGCUUCUUAAAAAGAUAUUUCGUGGGAAGAACUGGAGUUCUUCCAAUUUCAUUUCUCAUGGGAUUUUGGAGGCUAAAGCCUACUGGCUAUCUCAAGGGGAGGAUGAUCUUGGCUUUCUGUAUGCCAAGAUCAGAUCUACAAAGAACAGAAAUUCUAUCAAUGUGCUUGAGACCCCUUCGGGUAUUCUCACUUCUCAUGAGGAUCUUAAAUCUGCUUUGAUUGGCCACUUCAAAGAGCUUUAUAAUGCACCUAAUCCCCCUUUUGAAAGCUCCUUCAACUUCCCUGUUGGAAAUAUGGUCCCUCAUUACUUGGUACCAAGUCUACUAUUUCCUGUUUCUAGUGAGGAAAUUAAAAAAGAGGUUUUUGGAGGUGUUGCCACCUUGGCUCCGGGUCCGGACGGCUUCUCCUUUGGGUUUUUUCAGAAAUCUUGGCACAUCACUGGUUUUCAUCUUUGCAGAGCUGUUAAGCACUACUUCAUCUCUGGUCAGAUGCCCAGAGGUGCCAAAGCUACAGCCAUUUGCUUGAUCCCUAAGGGAACUCAUUCCAAUACUAUUUUAGAUUAG